CGCCUGCAACUUAUUUAUUUCGAACCUGAAACUCGCCGCGGCAACCACGUGCUACGAUCGCAGCUGCGAGUUGGUCAGCCAGUCGGUCAGCCAGUCUUUCCUCCGCUGCAUAAUUGAUCGCGUUCCACGAUCAAGAACACAAACGUACGCAGGAACAGUGCGGCAAAAAAGAAAUAAGAUAUAAUAGAGAGAAAGGGGGAGCGCGAUUAGCCGUGUACCCGAACGAACUGCAAAAAAGCGGAUAAAAACAUAUAGUGGUCGUUGCCGAUUGAAGUGGUUUCUUACUUCUCUUUCGCAGCGUUGCACCGGUGCAUCGACUCUAUUUAGAAGUUAUUGCAAUCGCCAACCGAACGAACCCAGGCUUUCUCUGUAGCACGCUUUAAGGCACUGUCUGCGCCGUCAGCCCAGCUCAUCUUCUUGGUAAACGACGACGAUAUCGUAGUUUCAACAGUGUUCGCGUGUCAGUCGCUGAUCUGCCGACCGAUUUCCCGAGGAAACCGACUCAACGAAGCUUUCGAUCCGAUCGAUCGUGACGAUCUGUCCCGAGGGAAAUACCUAAGGCCGCAUUCUUGGUCGCCGUUCCCAGUAUCCCGAAUCUCUCACUGAUAAGUCGAACGAUCAGAUAAAAGCGGUCGUGGAACAGGUGGGGAGUCGCGCCGGAGAAAAGAGUGAAAUUGUCGGGAACGGAUUGCACCUGGGCACACGGUGAAUCGACGCGUCCACGAACAGUCGAAGUUUGGCCACCGUUCCUAUUGUCUAUCUACCAUCGCCGGGCGCUCUCGGAACGGUUUGCUCUUGGAAUGUUCGAGAGAGGGGUUACCCAGUGAAAGAGGGAAGGAACCCAGUCUUCUACUUACCUGUGCUCGCGUAGGUCGCGGUUCGCGUGACGUAACUUUGCCCGAACUUGGUCAGAAGGCGAGACGUUCUCCCGUUAAUUUCAGCGAUCGCGGAGUCAAUUGGUAGUCCGACUGGUCGCGAAGAUAAGUCACAGUCGAGACACUGACAUAAUAGUCGUCACGGAGCGAUCUCUCACGCGCGACCUUCGUCACCAAGGGAAACGGGGCCUUGAUUUUGAACUCUGACAAGAAACGCUGCCGAUCGGGGGAACGGUCCCGCUCGACAGGCGUGAAAAACAAGCUUCUAGACGCGAGAAACCGUGAACUGGUUUCUCUAAUCGCGCAGACACGGAUCAGAGUUAUUUCUAAGCACAGGCGCCGGAAGCCCUUAGCCUCGCAAGAUAGCACUGCGACGAGAGAAGGAGAGCAGUAUCGCGAAGCGUGGCGCUGACCUUGGCCAUCAGCUUAAAAAAGAGGAUCAUACGUCAGGCCGAAUCGGUGGAGAAGGAGGUCGCGCGAGCGGGGAAGCAAGCUACUGCGUCAGCCCUGAGAAAGAGAAAAGGAGAGGGAAAGCUUUGGCCACAUUGCUAAAGAUUGGUCGUUGCUACGUUGAGAGCUGAACCAAGGUAUCCUGGAACAAAGAUCUUUUACAUUAUUAUACUCCUAUUUCUUCGGUAAGAAGGAGGAAAGAGGCAAGUUGUGAAACACGACGAAGCUGAAGAAGAACGGCGCUGAAAAAGUACUGUGCCGAAGAGACACGGUGCUAUAGACGAACGGUGCUAAAAAAGGAGCUGGAGAAGUGAUUAGAAAUCGGACACGAGAACAGGAGAACCUUUCGAGGAGGCAGAAGCACCAUGUCGAAGAACAAAGCCUUGCCCAUGCCCGAACGGCGCAGCAACGAUCUAUUCGACGAGGACUCGAUCGUCGUGAGAUCGCGAUGGCGGAACCUAGCCGCCUUCUGGAUACUCGGCCUUUGCAAUAACUAUGGAUACGUGGUGAUGCUUAGCGCCGCGCACGAUAUCCUCGAGAGCAAAUUCGGCACGGCGGAUUCCAGCGUAUCGGUUACUACUAACGCAACGAUUAACACCACCGGAAUCCGCUCCUGCAACACGCUAUCAACCGGAGCUAUUUUGCUGGCGGAUAUUUUACCCUCGCUGGCGGUCAAGGUCAUAACACCGUUCCUACCAUUUUACGUACAUGCUCGACUGGCUACCUGUGUGUUAUUUUCCGCUGCAGGAUUCCUCGUGGUGUCGUUAAGCACUACUGAAUGGCUCGCGAUUGCGGGCGUCGUUGUAACGUCACUCUCUUCCGGUUUGGGAGAAGUUACGCUGUUGAGCUACAGCCAUCUAUACCCAAAACAAGUAAUCGCGACAUGGUCUUCCGGUACUGGAGGCGCCGGAAUAAUUGGCGCGCUAUCUUACGCCGCGCUAACCACGUGGAUGAGCAACGAGGAUACUUUGCUGGUUAUGUUAAUCGUGCCGAUACUACAAGGAAUCACUUUCUGGUUGAUCCUUGUUCAUCCGCCGCACGCCACUAUACCGAUCACCAAGAACGGUAUCGACAGUCAGGAACAGAUCAUUGAAGUCACUAAGAAGAGCUUCAAGGAGAAGAUCAAUUUGGUACCGGGCCUGCUGAAAUAUAUGAUUCCGCUCGGGCUCGUGUAUCUCUUCGAAUAUUUCAUUAACCAAGGACUGUACGAGUUGAUCGAAUUCGACGGAAUUUGGUUGUCCCACGCGGAACAGUAUCGUUGGCUUCAAGUGGAUUAUCAGAUCGGCGUGUUUAUCUCGAGAUCGUCCGUCAAUCUCGUCACAAUUAACAAAAUCUGGAUCAUGGCCGUUCUACAGUUUAUCAACGUUAUAAUUUUGUUAUUCGAGUCACUGUAUUACUACUUGCCAAGCAUUUGGAUCGUGUUCGCGUUCGUCUUGUGGGAAGGUUUACUCGGCGGCGGAGCAUACGUCAACACAUUCUAUCGAAUGUCCACAGAGAUUCCGCGAGCAGAUCGGAAAAUCUCGCUGGGAAUCGCGACGAUGGCCGAUUCGAUUGGCAUCGCGUUGGCUGGAUGGAUGUCGAUGCCGGUUCACAACGCGAUCUGCAAAAUGCCACGACCGACUCGAGUAGGCAGCUAGGACGCAUCCGAAAGAUAGUACACAUUUGACAACGAUCAUGCGACGAAUCACGGCCGUACGCUCCGCUGUGAAAUCAUCCGAUACGUAUUAUCGAAUUGUUUUCGGUCCACGGCCUGGAUACAGCUGACAAUCUAGUACCUAUAUGUCAACGUCGUCCCUAAUCGUUUAAUAGACUUUUCAAUUGCGUAGCAGGCAGUCCGAUUCCGCGACAAUCCGUUUGACACCUCGUUCACGCUAACUUGUCGUUUAACGAUACUGGGACAGCAAGACGAAGCACGAUUACUGUCGAAGACGAGACGAGACGAUACGAGAAGCUAGAAACGUAGGGGACGAGGUUAGGAGGCGACGAUAGUUCUCGUACAUAGCAAUCGGUUGAUCGUCGUUUGAACUUCCAUCGGACCGGAACCACGAUGCCUUAAGAAAUCGAUAGUGAACGGUUCGGUUCACAGAGAUGUUCCUGAGAAUGAAAUUCAACUAGCUUAGACUGUAGGUUUCAAUCGUUCCGAGAUUUAUUUGGUACAAAUAUUUAAACGACUAGGAACAGGAAUAGAAUCGUACAAAAUUGUUGCGUUUUCAGUCGCGUUCGUUCCGGCGGCGCGUUCGUAACAGAGCUCGAAGCACGCUGGUCGACGAACAAUGUUCGACAGGUGGAGGAACGAUCUUCUCGUCGAGUUCGGGAGCUCGUUUUUGCGUGACUGUGAAUACGCCACGUGUGAAAUGUGCGUUUACGACUUCCAUAGCAACGAUGGACCAAAGGGUAUCGCAAGCAAUACCGCGAACGCGUCGCAGGUUUUGGGAUUAUAGCCGCACCUGUUGCAUUUUCGUCGUGUAAUUAUUUAGCUGUUAGGUUUACGUCGUUGCGUUACAAACAAUACCAGUAUUUCUAGAUAGAGUAGCGUCGGUCAAUUUUUAUGUAUUCGCAAGAAAAACGAGUUGAUGAAAUUUAAAACGUUAGAAAGAUUGUUAGAAUUGAAGACUAUCAAUGUAUUAUUUUCAGUUCAUCGAAGUUGAACAAAGAAAUUUCUAGUUGAUGUAGACUAUUUCGCAUAAAUAUCCGUAGUACUACUCGUAACGCCACCCAUGCUUCGUCUUCGGAACGCGAAUAACAAAUAUGGAAAACUAUGCGAACACCUUUAGAUCGAAACUUUCGCUUCUACUAAUAUUCGCACGCGCGCAUUUCUCCUGUCUUCGAUUUAUAAAUCCUUAAACUUAUGUUCACCUUUUGAUAUUACCGUUUGUUAUAGUAGCGACGCAUUCACUUAGUCUUAUUUUUCCCAAAAAAGUUGUGCGUUUUGUUGCCUUUGUUAGAUCGAUACUUCCCCCCACCCCGCUCCCAUCCCGCGUUAAGCGUCGAACAUUCCUCGCCAAGAAGUUGCAGGAGCAUGCGUAAAGUAUUAGAACCGAAUCGCGAAUAAACGGAAGGACCAAAUGGGAGGAAGAUGAAACGGUGAUCGCGUGUUCGACCCGAACACCUUUCGCAGGUCCUUCGACACCUGGAGAUAUGUACCAUUUGUUUCCUUCUUAUCAAAAUAAUUCGUCUUUACAUCUCGAAUGUGUAUUGUAUAAUUGUGAUAUACCGAUAGUACUGUUUCCUACAAUUAUUGCAAUAUAUAUGUAUGUAUAUAUAUACACACAUACAUUCA